AUGGGAUUUGACAUUAUACGUUUUGUUGGUGAAGUAGACGAAGAACUUCUUUGUCCCAUAUGUACCGGAGUACUGCAAGACCCAGUUCAAGCACCUGUAUGUGAACAUGCAUACUGUAAAGGUUGUAUACUCGAAUGGCUACUUCGACAGUCAACGUGUCCAGUAGAUAGACUCUCUGUCAAUGUUCUUCAGCUGCGACCAGUACCACGAAUUUUAAAAAAUUUACUUAGCAGAUUAUACAUAUUUUGUGAAAAUUCCAACUUCGGAUGUAAUAGUGUUGUCAAAUUAGAUUCAUUAGAUUCUCAUCUAACUGAAUGUGAAUAUAAUCCUAAAAGACCAUUUCCCUGUGAACAGGGAUGUGGUUUAAUCAUACCGAAAGACGAACAUAAGGAUCAUAAUUGUGUGAAAGAAUUGCGAGAAUUAGUACAAAAACAAAAUCAGAAAAUAAAUGAUAUGCAACAAGAGAUGGCCCACCAAAAACUUGAAAUGACUAGCAUUAAAGAUGAAAUGCGAGUUUUAAAGAAUUACGUGCGAUCUAUACGGGUGUGCAAUCCAAGCGCUAUAGACUUGAACGACGAGUUGGAAAGGGACGAGAUCGAACGGUGGUCGAACACCUUACCGCAAGCUAGAGUGACCCGAUGGGGAGGAAUGAUUUCUACGCCCGACGAAUACCUCCAGAACAAUAUUAAGCAAGCACUGAUCGAAAGCGGCUGUCCGUCUCACAUACUAGACGACUUGGUGAAAAACUGUCAUGAACGCAAUUGGCCCUCCGGUCUGUCGUCUCUGGAAACACGCCAACACAACAGACGGCACUACGACCGUUACAACUGCAAGCGUUUACCCGGAAAACAAGCGGUCAUCGUUUUGCCCUGCGAUAAUAUCAUGGUAAGCGAUGAGAUGAUGGCCGAACCUGGUCUCAUUAUGAUUUUCGCUCACGGGAUCGAAUAAACAAUGAAUCGUGUUCGCGGGAGUAUGUGUGCUCAUACCAGUUUGCGUGUAAAUAACAAUAUAGUAUGUAAUAAAUAAUGUAGUUUAUAAAAAAUAAUGAAAAAAUAAAAAAUAACGUAGUUUCCUUUGUUGUUAACAAAUAAGUUUUUUUUUUCCAAUUAUUAUUUUGUCGCUUUUAUGGACGAAUACGGUUGAUUAUUGUUUUAAAAAAGUAUAUUUUUAUUUCUGUACAUCAAAAUUAAUUUUUUAUACUAUCUACAUAUACACUUUUAUUGAUAGAUAUCUUGUUCGCAAAAAAAUCAUCGUUUUUUUACCAUAUAUUUGUUCACAAUUAUUAAUCGGAAACACGUUUGAGAAAAAUUACAGCAACAUCGUGUACAAUUAAUAAAAUUUAACUUUACUAUUCGCACGAAAAUAAUCACUGGCAAGAUCCAUACACGGAAUUUUCUUUUGUUAAUUUUUAAAUAAUAUUUUUAUUACGAACACUGAAUUUUUAAUUAAUUUUUUUUUUAUACGAAGAAUAUUAUCGUUUACAAACACCAUUUUUUUUAUCAUCGUAAAAUUAUCACAAAUUAUUGUACAUCCCAAAUCUUUCAUUGCUCUUGCAGGAAAACAAUUGAAUAAAUACUACUCGUACAUGACCAGUAUGUGUUUUUAUAUUUUUUUUUACAUAAUCAUCGCAAUAUAACCUUCAUUAAUUAAUUAAUUGUUUUAUAUUUAUGUUUACUGUGAAAAUCAAUCGUUCGAAAUCAUACUAAGUUAGAGUACUUCAAAUUGUAUUUCGUGCAUGCGAACUUUAAAUCCGUCCAUAAUUGAAAACCGGUACGGUACUAUUGUGUACGGUACGCACUCGUAACAACAAAUAAUAUUAAACCAUACGUAAGCAGUAUAUGUUAUGUUGUGGCAUUAGUUUAGAAAUAUAUUUUACGUAAAUAAAAUAGUAGUUAUGUGCGUGCAGUAAAUAUAUAAUUAUUCAACAUAAGUAUGAUCAGAGACGCAAACAUCUUGAAUAUAAUAUUAUUAGUAAAUAAUAGUUUGCUAAAUAUUAGUAUUUAUAAUUAUUUGUACGUAUCAUCGUAGG